AGGUCUUCUCUGCCGCAACAGUUCUCCCGAAGGGUUUUUCCAGCACUUUCAUCACAAGCCACACCUCUCUAAAUUUGCUCUCCUGCAAAGUUCUUAAUUAUCGUUUCCUUGUGAUUAGAACAAACCCAGUGCAGCUAAAAAAGACCAGCAACGACCCACUCGAACCCAGAGCUGAGUGGACAAGCAUGACUUCCUGAUUUGUGCCCAGUCUCCACCCCAAGCACGUAAAACACAGCACAUGUUGCCAAGUCAGGAUGUUUGUUCUGACCACAAAAACCACAUGCUCCUUCCCGCCUGGAGUUUCAAAAGACCCAGAUGAGGAAUCCUUUGGCUCUGUGACCGUCCCCAAGAGUUAUCUCGCCUGCCUUGAGAGAGAGAGAGCAGCUUGUUCAAGCGCCCGUAUUGGGGAGCGCAAGAGAAUGGCCCGAGAAAUCUCCUACGAAAACGCGGAGGUGUUUGAACCGAAGGAGAUUGCUCUAAAAAAGUCCUCUGGGAAGAGAACCACCUUCGUUCUGACCUUCCUCGCCCUUCUGGCCCUCCUGCUCGCCAUUGUGCUGCUCGCCUUGGCCGUUCUGUAUGUCCAGAAAGAAAGGAAGCUCACAGAACUGGAACGAGCGGCAGACAAAAUCAAGGCUGCUCUUCGGCUCAGCAACGUCUCCUUCGCCUCUGAGGAUGUUCAGCUCUUGGAAAAUAUCUCCGAGGCUUUCUCCAAACUGCAGGCCCACUUGGAGAAUGUCAGUGCAUCACAAACUGCGGCUCAAGACCGUUACCGGAGGCUUCUGCACUUGGUCUCUGCUGGCUGGAAGCUUUAUCAGGGGAACUUCUACCUCCUUUCUCAAGAGGCAAAAAACUGGCAUGCGGCUGAACAGGACUGUCAGUCAUCUGGUGCGCACCUGACUUCUGUGACUUCCCGGCAAGAAAUGGAUUAUCUGUCCAAGGAAUCCAGGGGGCUGACCUUUUGGAUCGGGCUGACAGACCACGAGGAAGAAGGCAACUGGACCUGGGCAGAUGGCACAAAAUACAACAGAAAGAUCAGUUUCUGGGCACGAGAACAACCGGACAACUGGCACGGGGCCCCAGAACACCAGGAGGAUUGUGUCCAGAUUGCAAAAGCACAGUGGAAUGACGUCAGCUGCACCUACAGUUACCGAGGGUUCUGCAAGAUGCCCUUCUCCUGAGCACAGGGAGACGCCCGCAGCCCCACUGGACUGGUCUCGCCCAGCAUCCUCCUUCCAGCACAGGACCACUAAAUGCCCCAGAAGCUUACGAAUAGCUGUCAAUCCAUAACAGACCCUACGCAGUGGCCAGCAGCUUUUGGUAACGGACUUAGUUCAACAUGGUUUGAAAAAUGAAAACGUCACCUCAGGGAGCUGGACAGAGGACAGGCAGUCUUUGUCUUCUGUGUG